AUGCCGAUUCAGAUACUUCCUGAAAAUACGGAAUUACAAUAUGUACAGUUUGGCGAAGCUUUCAUACGUUUCGAUAAUCCAGAAAAACUUCGAUCCAUCAAAGCGCAAUAUAUAUUGACAACUGGAAAAUAUUUCGAAAGUUUUAAAUACUUUGAUCAUUACAGAACAGUUAUAAAAAAUCUUCUGACUUGCUCACAAACUAUUCAGGCAAAAAUAGUGGAGAGUGCAAAGAAUUUAUUUAGGGGCGAUGGAAGUCACAAGUUCUGCGUUCACAUACGACGGGGUGAUUUUGUCAACCAUCCAAUUUUCCUUCCAUCCGAAGAAAGAUUUACGAUAUCCAGCACAGACUAUGUUCUCAAGAAAUUGAAGAAAAACCACAGUAAUUUAUCAGUUGUGGCUAUCGGUGAUGGUCCACGAUGGGUUGAAAAUCUAUUUGCAAACAAAUCGCUAUAUAAAAAUUUGGCCUCAACUAAAGUAUAUAUACAUGAAAUGAAUGAAGAUCCGGCAGUUGAUAUAUGUUUUGGAAUGAUGGUUUGCGAUAGUAUCCUAUUAACAUCAUCAACAUCAACGAAUGGAUGGUGGAUAGCUUAUGUGAUCACUCCAAAGCCUGUUUUCUAUCGACGAAAAAAUUCACCGCUUCAUAUGGGUCGUUAUCAACCGAGAAAAUCCGGAGCCUUAGAUUAUUAUUUAAAACGAUGGAUCCCACUUGACGAAAAUAUUGUUUUCUGA